GACAUAUGUCGUCAGCAAAUAACCAAAAUGUUUUUUUUUUUCAAUAUAGGCUUUCGCGAGCUCACUGGCUGGACGAUACUGUUCUGACCUCGGUGAUUGGAAACUAUAUCUUGAUAUUGCUCUUUUUCUUUUCUCAGUAUCAAUACAAAGCUUUUUUCGAGAUCAGUGACUGGAAAAUAGCAAUCAUUCUCGGUUGAACUAAGGUAUCACGCAUAGCUUUACGAAUUGCUUCAAUAUGCGUAGGUGUACGUUCUUAUCGCUCCUUUCUCCGCCCUUCGCAGAAAACACCAACCGCGACUUGCCCAGAUGCACUCACAUCCAGAUAAACCGGAUCCGAGUCGGUCCGAUUGACGUGCCUCAAGACGUGAUCAGUGCACGUCGUGACCAGGACAAGACUUUCGCCAUGUGGCUGAUGGACGAGGAACACUUGGAGGACCAUUUGAUGUUCGUGACAAGCGUCAUCCUCAACGUCAGCCUCGUGAUGGUCCUCACGUUCGCCUGGCUCGAAGCCGAUCUGGAGUUGGCAGGAUUGCCUUGGCUGUUGGCCGGUCUCGUGGCUAUUCUGCUUGCAGUGCAGAGCUGCACCUGGAUGUCCCUCGCGCUGUACAGUCUGUGGCUCUACCCAAAGGCCUAUUUCAACUGGAAGACUGCGUCGCGAAGCAGCCUGGAGUCCAGGCGCAGGCGCCGGCAGAGGCGCAGGUUGUCGAGGAGGGAGAGCGCGAGCGACCGCAGGAGCAAUAGCACUGGCACGCCGACUCCGCCAGCGGUGGACGAAGACGAACCUGACGUCAUCCAGGGGGCAGUUGGCACGGAGGCGCGCUCAUUUCGAAGUCGCGGAGCCCGCGCCUACGAUUAGCGGCUCGUCUAUUGCGACAGGGUGUUGCUGCUCUCGUACAGUGCCUGUUCGUCGCGGCGGAAAUACUGAAAACCAAGUCCCUGCAGUUCAGCGCAUGCGACUUCCGUGUGAACCAUUCUUCUGCUCGGAUUCCUCACGUGGCGACGUACGACCGAGGAGUCGGACAACUGACUUAUUCAUCAACGCCAAGCUGCUUUACUGCGCAGCUGCUCUUUACUGACAUGAUGUUCACGUGUCAAUAUUUGCUCACUUGUGAUGCGACUCGUGUUUCAAACUGACGCGUCUAGCUUUAACGGUGAACAGGGAUCACCGGAUGCGGGUUAUUUUUGAGCGAAAAGAAGAAAGACGUCAGAAUAUGCGCAGGACGCCACCUUUAUGCAUUCUAUAGAUUCCUGAGACAUAAACUGCUAUUAUUUCAACGUUCAUCAAGGAAUGUUUGCCGUUUAGAAGUGCACAUUUGACGCAUCGCAUUUUUCACUGCUCACCUGACACAGCGAUCGGCAUUGUUGUAGAGAUUAUAAUGCAGUCAUGCGGCACAGAAUGUUUAGAAAGCUUGCGGUUGUCUUUGACGAAUAGUCUGAAUGGUACGCUUGUAACGCAGCCUGCCCUUUUUGAAGUCAUUACG